CUGAACCGAACUUUUCAUAGCCGGUGGAUAAAGACAAAGUGAUAACUGGAAGUUUUGAGAGCAGUGAAUGAAUUUAUUUAAUAAUUUAAAUACUUUUUGAUUUUAUUUUGCUGAUAUAUAUUUAAAAAAAACCUGCAGCAUCUGACAGAAAAUAUCAGCCUAAAAAAGGGACGCUCAGAAUUACCAGCUUUGGGGGAUUGUAUGGGACGGCGCACUUGUAUGAGACAGUGGAUUGGGUCCCUGUUUUCCUGGCUUCAGCAUUGACUUUACAAACUGCACUCACUCUGGUGGGUCACUACUCAGACUGAUGUGGAAUGCAACCUCUGGCAACCCCCUUCGACAAGUCUUUAUUCAUUGAGCAGCACUGGGAAGAUCAAGGAUAAGAGACAGAAGGUGACACAAAAAGACCAAGUAACAACAGAAGGAGCAGAUUUGAGUCGGGGCCCUCGAGUGAGAAAGGAACUUAAAACUCAAGACAAAAGGAACGUGCAAGUAAAGCAUCCAUACAAAAGUUUUUUUUUGAGCCGCUGGACAUUUGGAAACAGCAAGGGGUGUUCAGACUAUUAGACUCUGUUUCAACCUUUUUGAAUUGCUCCUUUUAUCACAUGCACUGAUCUGAACCCAUCAUGCCUGUGGAGACUCUUCGUCCCUCAGCUGGCCGUCUGGCUGGAACACAUUUUACCUCAGCCAUGCCUCUCCGAAUCUUAAACAAGGGCCCAGACUAUUUCCGCAGGGUUCCUGAGCCUGGUGUACGCAAGCUGAGUGCUGUCGAGCGUCUGGAAGCCGAUAAGGCCAAAUAUGUGAAGAGCCAGCAGGUGGCUCUUACCAGGCAAGAGCCCAUCAAGCCGCCAGUGAUUCGCAAGCCACUGAUGUCUCCAGCCAUGAUGCUGCACACACCACCAGCCAGGAAAGUCCCCCGCAGACCUUCAGACACUGAAAACGGGGGACAAGGGCCAUGCAGGGCAACUCCACUUAACCUGGAUGUCCUUAACAAUCUUAUCAACAUUUCUGAUGGGCCCCAGUCCUCGUCCCCAGCUUCAAACUCUCAGUCUCCUUCAGUUAUGUCUGAGCAGUCAGCAGAACCUCAGCAAAGUUGUGGCUAUAAUGGACAUUUUCAGUUGAAGCCUGCAUCUUCCUGCACUACUUCUCCUCUCAACAGCCACAUCCAGACUCCUUCUCUUGCUUCAUCUACCCCUGAGCCGAGCCACAGGCCUCCACCUGUGCCAGCCCGAAUGGGUAGAAUCUCUGCACAGGGCAAUUACAGCAGCCCAAACCCUGUGACAGUGCGGCGUGUCGAUGUGCGACCACAAGCCGAUAUCCGGAAGCCCCAGCGGAUGCCUCUACAGCCUAGGUCCAAACCUCUACUACCCCAUUCUAAACCCAAACAGACACCACAGCCCCAGACCCCACCCCCACCUACAUCAUCCUUUAAAUCACUAUCCCUCCCCUCACACACUCCAUCGUCCCCUUGUCUACCCUCCAGUCCCCUGUUGCUAAGAGCAGGCAUGCUUCCCCCAGCUUCACCUGCAUUUACCCGCUUGUCCUCUGCAAGCUCACGGGGCUCAACCCGCAGACGCCCUUCUCUACAUCGAUCCAAAUCCGACCUGAGCGACCGGUAUGCACGUGCUAAUGCUGACCUGGAGCGCUUUUUCAAUUACUGUGGCUUAGAACCCAGCGAAUUGGAGGGCGUGGGCACGGAGCAUUUUGGACGUGCCAGUUCUGAUAUUGUCUCUAUUUCAAAGCUCCGCAGCGUCAGCACACCCAGCUCUGAGUGUGGAGAUGAAGGGCGUGCUUACAGGGAGGAGGAUGAUGAUGAAGAUGACGGGCCUCCAAGGCCCAGUGAACGUGUUCCCUAUGGCAUAUCUGUAAUUGAGAGAAAUGCACGUGUCAUCAAGUGGCUCUAUGGAAUCCGACAGGCUCGGGACUCUCAAAAUAUUUCCAAUGUAUAGGUGCCUCACUGAAACACCAAAAACUGGUGAGAAGGAAAACGGGCACAGGUCCGGAUCGAACAUGCCCCAAUUCGAUGAUGUCUUUUUUUUACAUGCAAUAUAUUUAUUAUGUUUUAUUGAGACUUUUGAAGAAAGAUGACAUUUUGUGUUUGUGUAUAUCUGUGAUUAAUAUGGAGUAUUUUUUAUUUGCCUUACAGUAUGCUCAUGGAUAUUGGUUCUUUUACAUUUCAUUGGUGUGAAAUUAUUCUAGACAUUUUGUCACAGCAGCCCCUUGUUGCUUCAUUCGGCAGUGUAAUUUGGGCUGUAAUGAUUUACCUCAAAGGGAAAACUGGAGCAUGCUUUAGAUUCUCUGCACAUUGACUUAGAAAAUAAAAGUCAUUUAAAGCAAUAAUUAAAGUACUAGAUGCUAAGAGCCAUGAUAGUGUGACUGAAUGAGUGAUGACGGUUGUGAUGAACACAGCGAUAGGCCAGCUGUAAUGAUGAUAAUCAGGUACUUUAUAUCAGAUUUAGUCUAUUUUUUUUUUACAUAUAAUAUGCAUUGAUAUUGGAACUGCAGCUUCCAAUAUGUCAAGAAUACAAGAGUAAGGGCUUAGUAGUGGUAAACCAGGUACUGUUCCAGAAAGUGAGAGCAGCUUUCUAAAAGGCUGCAUUCCCACAGUCUCCAGGGGGGUAGAAUGAUUGAGGUGAGCUACAGCUUGGACUGGAUUAGGAAGCAAGGUCUAAACAGGAUACACCCAUUUACACACACAGAUGUAUGCAUUCAUAGUACCAUUCACACACCAACUACUGGUGCAAGAGUUGUUCUGUCAGCAUCAAGUGUGAAUGUGUCGAACAGACAAAAACGGGUGUUGAGAUAUAGCACUAGUGAAGCGAAAGACUCGACGAUACUGUGAAGGAACUCUGAGCAGCUUUAAACAUGUUCCUUUAAAUGCCUUUUUACACUUGGCUGUGAUUUUUGUCAGCAUGCAAGAGCUUCUUUUAGCAUGCAUGCUUUUUUGUGCAGGUGAUAUAUGAAAGCAGUUUUAAGCAAAGCACAGAUGCAGGGCAGGCGAAAAACAUUCCAGCUUUAUCGUAAUAAAACAGAUUUGUGGUUUCUUUUCAUUUUGUUUGCAACAAUAUAUCUCAGAGUGCAGGUGGAUAAUUUGGGAAGAAUGUUGUCCUGCAUCAGAUGGCACAGGAGGAUGAUAAUAAAAAUCCUUACUUUGAAGGAAGCUUGUAUGGAUACAAAAUGUAGUUACACGACAUUAUCUGCAGUUUUUACUUUCCGGUUGGUCACCAACAGUCUGACGUUACAACACAGCAAGCGUUCAGGGUUUGCUUUGCUUUUUCAAAUAUUCUUUACAUGCAUAUUGUCAAAAGUAAAACAAUUACUUAUGCUAAUAUCACCUGUAUAGAAGUCACUGAAAUAAAUCCUCGUAUGCUUAUCCAUGUUCUCUGGGCAAUGAAGUAUGACCAGGGUUGUGUGGUCAGUCUACUAGUGCUUUUAAUGCUAAGUCAUUAAAGACUGAAUUUCUUAUGUCUUCGAAUGAUGUUAAUAAACAGAUAAUGUUUUGGAAGAA